UGAGAAAAAGGUUGGGAGAAAAAAGAAAGGAAAAAAGUGUAAGGGUGAGCGGCAGCCAUAAACGCGUCCUCUCACCCUCUCUGACACGUUUGACAAACCACUUUAGAUAUCCAGGACCAUAUCACCAUGAAACUAGCGAAAACCCCCCUCUGUCGGCACCAGAUCUACUCCGACUCCUCAGCUUCCUCUCAAAACUUCCCCUCCAAAUUCUCUGUACUUUACCUUAAGCUUCCGUUCCACCAAUUCAUGGACUCUGAACAGCGCCGCAAGCGCAAACGCAGUCUCAGAGCUUCGCCUUCCCCUAUCUCACACUGCGGGUUCUCGGCUAGAUCUCUCAUCUUAUGUCUCUCCUUUAUUUUCCUUAUCUUGUUGCUGCAUCGGUUCCCAAUCGGCACGGCGUCGUUUCGUCCAGUUGUGAUAGUUUCUACUCUCUCGCUCUUGUCUUCAUCCACCAGCAAUUCUAUCCGCGAUUAUGUUAGCAGUAGAUUACUGUUACCGUUGAGAGUAGAGGACCGAGUCCUGUUUCCCGAUCAUGUUUUGCUGAUGGUUUCUCACAUUAACGAUAGAAGUGAGGUGCUGGAGUGUGUUUACUGCAAGGAUAUUGGAGUGGAGGCGGCGAAUAAAUUAAUUGUUAGGCCUGUGUCGUCCGUGGAUGAACUGGAUGAGCUCAGAUGGGUUGCGAGGUGUCCCCUUCCGCCCCAGAAUUACUCUGCUGAGGUUAAUCUGCGCAGACCGCCAAGGAAAGAGAGCAUCGUGGAUGGAGAUGAGUGGCUGCGGAGGGUUCAUCCCACAGUUCAUUCGUGGGAGAUGAUGGCAUAUGCGGCAGCUUUGGAUCGAGAUUCCGCGGUUGUGUUUGUCAAGGGAUUGAACCUUAGGCCGGAUAGGGAAUCAGAUCCCAGGCAAUUCAGUUGCCAUUUUGGAACGGGUGAUCGGGAGAGGGGUGGAAAAUUUGCGCUCACUACCAGGGCGUUUUCAGCUGCACAGGAGGUUAUUAGGUGUUCUUUGCCUAGGAGCAUUAGGAUGAACCCAAGUAAGGCUCAUGGGAUUAGGGUUACUGUAGGCUUGAAUUCUCAUUUCCAUGCCAAUGCCAGAGCUUCUAAUCAUGUUCUAGUACCUUCUGUGGCUAAGAUGUCAAGUCCCAAGUCAUACAAUUCCUACAAGCAUAAGAAAAAUCAGGGGAAGUAUCAGCUUUGCGUGUGCACCAUGGUAUGGAACCAAGCUUCUUCAUUACGGGAGUGGAUUAUGUACCAUGCCUGGCUUGGUGUUGAGCGCUGGUUCAUCUAUGAUAAUAACAGUGAUGAUAGAACUAAGGAGGUGAUUCAAGAGCUUGAAUUAGAAGAUUACAAUGUCACCAGGCACACCUGGCCAUGGAUUAAAACACAAGAAGCUGGUUUCUCGCACUGUGCUCUCAGAGCAAGAGAUGAAUGCAAUUGGGUGGGAUUCAUGGAUGUCGAUGAGUUCUUCUAUUUCCCAUUUCCAACCCACCGCCGAGGAUCCAAUAAACUGAUUUUUCGUGGUCAGAAUUCAUUGCGUACAUUGGUUGCAAAUUUUUCUUCAACAACCAUUGGGGAGAUCAGAACAGCUUGCCACAGCUAUGGGCCAUCUGGGUUGAAUUCCCUCCCUUCUCAAGGGGUAACUGUAGGGUACACUUGCAGGCUACAGAGCCCUGAGCGGCACAAGUCUAUUGUGCGCCCAGAUGUGCUUGACAGAACUCUUCUCAAUGUGGUGCACCACUUUCGGCUGAGAAAGGGAUUCAAGUACCUGAAUUUGCCUCAAAGCACAGGAGUGAUAAACCAUUAUAAGUACCAGGUGUGGGAGGCUUUUAGAGCAAAGUUCUUCAGAAGGGUUGCGACCUAUGUUGCAGAUUGGCAAGAGAAGGAGAAUGAAGGGUCAAAGGAUAGAGCGCCUGGUUUGGGGACAGAAGCCAUUGAACCACCCAAGUGGCCACUACAGUUUUGCGAAGUUUGGGACACUGGUUUGAGGGACUUUGUUUUGGCUAACUUGGCUGAUCCUACCACUGGGUUGCUGCCCUGGGAAAGGUCUCUUCUCUAACAAGUUAAAUUGGGGUGGUUGCAGCUUCCCUGCCCUUGUAAACAAAUCCAUCACACGUACAACAAUUCUUUCUUUUUAUUUCUUAGCAUUUUUGUAUCUGAUGUUUUAUUUUUGAUAGAAUGAAUUCAAAAGAGGCCAUAGAUGAAUAUAGGGUUCUUACAUGUAAUUUCCAACAAUGUGACACAAUUUCUUUUAUUGUUAUGUUUAUUGAAUGAUUUAUUGAUUCACCUUUUAUCUU